AUGUUUCGUGAUAACAUCAUUGCCAUCCAAUCGGUGGAUGCCAAGAAUAUCCCCGCCAAUGAUUUGGGUCCACGAGAACAAGAGGAAGCAGAUGAGCCUGUGCGAGAAGGCAUGCAGUACUUGUUUGACAACAAAUUCAUGAAGGCCAAAGCUACAUUUCAAGUGAAAGCGAGCAUUGACCCUUUGUAUGCGUUGGGCUUGGGUGCUAUGGCGUUUAUUAAAGAUGUGGAAAUGGCCAUGGCAGCGUUGGCUACGGCAUACACUGUGGCGAAAUCCCAAAUCGAUAAUUCCGGAUUCAAAAAACCGUUGAAAGAAUCGCUAUCACAGUAUUUCACGUCGUUUCUGAGCAGCAAUUCCACGGGACUUCCCGCCAGCCCGCCGCCCACCAAUGUGGCAAGCCAACGCGCAUCGACGCAACGAGAGGAGACGCCCCAUUUUAUUCCCAACGGCGUGCUUCGAGCCCAUGUUGUUAAAGCCGAGUGCUGCUUACUGAUGAGCGUAUUGCAGCUGGCCCAGGAAAGCGUGGUGGGCUACUUGAAGUGCGGGCUCAAUCUGCGCCAAGCGUACAAUAGCUAUUCCAUUGUGUGGCAAGAGUACAAGCGGAUGGGCCAGACCUACACUCAAUACAUGGAUCGCGAUACAGUCUCGGCCAUUCAAUUUGGUAUUGGCACAGUGCACUUGAUCUUGUCGUCGAUGCCAGCCAAAAUUCUGAAAAUCUUUUCGACCUUGGGAUGGAAGAGCGACAAGCAACUUGGAUUUGCCCUGUUAAAGGUCUGCAUGGAAGGCCAAGGUAUUCGGGCUCCCUUGGCAUCUUUGACACUGUUGGCUUAUUAUUCGAUUUUAACCUCGUUCACACCGCAACUGUAUGCCAAGGAAAUGAUGGGACCUGCCAUCGAGUGUUUGUUGGACGCUCAAAAACACCAUCCCAACUCGUGUUUCUUCCUCUUUUUUGCGGCGCGGAUUGCUCGUGUAGCGCGCAACAUGCCGUUGUCGACGCAGUCUUUUACGUUUGCGGCCGAGUCCAGUCGAGGCGAGUGGGCGGAAGUCGCGAUGAAGCAAAUGUCGGAUUACGAAAUUGGGUUUAAUUACGCGUUGCAACUUGACUGGGAACGAGCUGCGAGCUAUUUCGAACAACUGAGUCGAGAAAAGUACUGGUCUCCUGCGUUUUCAAAAUACUUUGUGGGAGCUUGUUACGAGAUGCUAGGCCGAAGGACCGAAGGUAUCCUGGCCUUUGCCGAAGUCCCGCAACUGGCCAAGGAUCAGCAAGGCCGCAAGACAUACAUUGACGCUUACGUUCAGAAAAAGGUCGAGUUUUUCCAACGCAGUGGGUACCAAGACAUGGAUUUCAGUCUACCGGGUCUAGAACUUCUUCUGGUGAUGAAUGCAUUUGAGCAAAUGGAUAAAGAAUCGUUGGAAAAGUCGCUUGCGCUAGUCCAGCGUACCCUCGAGCUCAUCUAUGACCGCGAAAAAAUGGAAUACAACAUUCGAUUACGGGAACUGGUGCCGGCCACCACUCCUCCCGACUACUACGAUCAAAGGGCCAUCCUUCUCUUGAUCAAAUCGUCCGUCCUCAAUGCUCUCAAGCGUCACAAAGAAUGUAUUGCUCAUCUCAACUGGAUUCUCGAUCACAAACAUUGCCUAAAGGUCGAAUCAUGGGUGGUGCCUUUUGCAUAUUGGGAAUCUGGCGUGACAAGUUGGGGUUUAGGCAAUAUUCGCAAGAGUCGUAAACUAUGGCAGCUGGCACUGGCGUGUACAAAGUAUGAUUUCGAAUAUCGAAUGGCUGUACGACUGAGUCUAGCCAUCAAUAAGUGCGAUGAAGCGGGUAUCAAUUUCAUUGAGCAAAAGCCCAGCAAGGGACUCACUACCAAUGGUCGGAAACGAAUGCCCAUCGUCCAUGCUUCCAGUUGUUAA